UUGUGCCGUGCAUCAUAACAAGCGCCGAAGUUUAUGUUUCCUUGUCUAAACAUUUGUAAUUUUGUUUUUUUUUAAUUUCGUUCAUUUUUUCCGAUGAGUUUCAGAAACUCCUUCAAAUCUCACAGCACGUACAAACAGAUACGAAGCCCCGGUAAUCAAAGUGAAGCAAGCCCUGAGAACCGUCCGAUUCUCCAUGACCACGAUCACCACCUUGGCAUGGCCCACCGCAAAACAGAGAGCUCUCGUUCUAGCCUCGACGACGGCCGAAACGCACCCUUGGAACGAGAUUCCAGCUACAAGUUCUGGCAAGAAAACACUGGAACUUCCGAGGAGCCGGCACGAACCAGCCUUAAAGAUCCGACCACUAUUAAUCGACAGAGCGGGACACUGAGCGACAGCUUCAACUUCGGAUCAGGGAAGCCGCAGCCGCCUAUGGAGGAGCCAAAGUCUGGAGGAGAACAUCGACAAUGGGGAGGUAGAGGAGAGAUCACACUCGACGUGGAUCAAGACAACGAUGACGUAAGUCACCAGACACAACCAACCCCUACAUCAACGGCUCGUUCAUCAUUCGACCCGGCGAGGGACUUACGAGUCUCUUUCAACGUUCAAAAAGCUGGUAUAAACUUCGUCGGCUCGGUUCCUUCUUCGUCCACUACUCCAAAGUCCACUACUCCUUCGUCUUGUUCGCCCAGGACAAUGCGGACGAAUCAAGAGUCCCAUCAGCAGGAAGAAGAGGUUGUGAGAUGCACAUCAAACAGGUCGUUUCAGAGGAAAGCAGAGCUUGUUUCAAGAACCAAGACAAGAUCCAGGCUUCAAGAUCCACCACAGGAGGAAGACACAUCGUACUCUGGAUGGCGAUCGGGUCAGUUAAAAUCCGGUUUACUCGGGGAUAUUGAUGAAGAGGAUGAUCCAUUAGCGGAGGAAGAUAUACCUGACGAGUAUAAGAAAGGGAAACUCGACGCUAUAACCUUGCUCGAGUGGCUUAGCUUAGUGGCUAUAAUAGCUGCAUUAGCGUGUAGUUUAUCGAUCCCUUCUUGGAAGAAAGUGAGAGUUUGGAACCUUCAUCUGUGGAAAUGGGAAGUGUUCUUGCUUGUUCUUAUAUGCGGGAGGCUGGUCUCUGGAUGGGGAAUCAGAAUCGUCGUCUUCUUCAUCGAGAGAAACUUUCUUUUGCGGAAACGAGUUCUUUACUUUGUCUACGGUGUCCGGAGAGCUGUUCAGAACUGUCUCUGGCUCAGUAUGGUUCUUAUCGCUUGGCGUUACUUGUUCGACAAGAAAGUACAACGAGAGGCGGAUAGCAAGUUUCUUCCUUACGUAACCAAGAUCUUGGUGUGUUUCUUGUUGAGCACUAUCUUAUGGUUGAUCAAGACGCUGGUGGUCAAAGUCCUCGCUUCUUCGUUCCACGUCAGUACUUACUUUGACCGGAUUCAAGAAGCUCUGUUUAACCAGUACGUGAUCGAGACGUUGUCGGGUCCUCCCAUGAUUGAGCUGAGCAGGAUUGAGGAAGAGGAAGAGAGGGCGCAACAAGAGAUUUUCAAGCUGCAGAACGCAGGUGCUAAGUUACCGCCUGAUCUCUGCGCGGCUGCGUUUCCGCCGAGAAAGAGCGGGAGAGUGCUGAAUCCGAAACUCUCAACGGUCAUCUCGAAAUCAGCAGCUGAUGGUGGAAUCAGCGUGAAGCACCUUCAGAGUAUGAAUCAUAAGAACAUCUCAGCUUGGAACAUGAAGAGGCUAAUGAAGAUUGUGAGGCAUGUUUCGCUCACCACGUUGGACGAGCAGAUGCAAGAAACCACGAACGAAGAUGAAUCCACCAGACAGAUAAGGAGCGAAAAAGAAGCUAAAGCAGCUGCAAGGAAGAUUUUCACGAACGUGGCUCGCCGCGGCUCAAAGCACAUUUACUUGGACGAUUUGAUGAGAUUUUUACGUGAAGACGAGGCGGUGAAGACAAUGUACCUCUUCGAAGGUGCACCAGAGACAAGAAAGAUCAGCAAAUCAGCUUUGAAGAAUUGGCUGGUCAAUGCUUUCAGAGAGCGAAGAGCUCUUACCUUGACACUCAACGACACCAAGACAGCUGUGAACAAACUUCAUCACAUGAUCAAUAUUGUCACUGCCAUUGUCAUAGCUGUCAUAUGGCUUGUACUUCUGGAAAUCGCAUCCUCCAAAAUACUUCUCUUCGUAAGUUCACAAGUUGUACUAUUGGCCUUCAUCUUUGGGAACACGGUCAAGACUGUCUUCGAGUCCAUCAUCUUCUUGUUCAUCGUGCAUCCUUACGAUGUUGGUGAUCGCUGUGAGAUUGACGAUGUACAGUUGGUGGUGGAGGAGAUGAACAUACUUACCACAGUGUUCUUGAGAUAUGACAAUCUGAAGAUUAUGUAUCCGAAUAGUCUUUUAUGGCAGAAAUCGAUCAGCAAUUACUACCGCAGUCCAGACAUGACUGAUACAAUCGAGUUUUGUGUCCACAUUACUACGCCUCAUGAAAAGAUUGCAACGAUCAGGCAAAGAAUAUCAAACUACAUUGACAACAAGCCAGAGUAUUGGCACCCAUCAGCUAAGAUCGUUGUAAAGAACGUGGAACAGUUGAACAUGGUAAGGUUAGUAAUUUGGCCAGAUCACAGGUUUAAUUUCCAAGACAUCCUUGAGAGAUGGGCAAGAAGAUCCGUCUUGGUCGAAGAAAUAAUUAAGAUCCUCCUCGAACUCGACAUUGAGUACCGGUUUUAUCCAGUGGGUAUCAAUGUCAAAGCAAUGCCUACAGUUGUCUCCAGCAGAGUUCCACAAGGCUGGUCGCAAACCCCUGCUUGA